CCGCCUCGGAACUAACGGAAUAAACACGAAACACCGCAAACACUAAAAAACCCCAAACAGCGGCGCUCUGCGGGGUGACGUCACCCGCGGCGGCGGCCGUGACGACACGCCGGUCCGGUGAGCGCGCGCGAAAGCGGGAGCGUCCUCUUCUUCCUCGCGGUGAGGCUGAAAAGCGCCCAGUAAAACUCCACAAUCCGCAAACAUCCACCGAGCCAUGGCGGACCCGAAGGAUACACAAGAUGACCACGAGACGUCCACAGAUAACGUAGACGACGCCAACCACGACCCCCAUUUUGAGCCCAUCGUGUCGCUGCCUGAGCGCGAGGUCAAAACUCUGGAGGAAGAUGAAGAGGAGCUGUUCAAAAUGCGGGCGAAGCUGUACCGGUUUGCGAGCGAGAACGACCCGCCGGAGUGGAAGGAGCGCGGCACGGGCGAUGUCAAACUGCUGCGGCACAAAGAGAAAGGCACCAUCCGGCUCCUAAUGAGGAGAGACCGCACACUAAAGAUCUGUGCCAACCACCACAUCAUGCCGCUGAUGGAGCUGAAGCCGAACGCGGGCAGUGAUAGAGCCUGGGUGUGGAACACACACGCGGACUUCGCAGACGAGGAACCCAAACCGGAGCUGCUGGCCAUCCGCUUCCUCAACGCUGAGAAUGCACAGAAGUUCAAGGCGAAGUUUGACGAAUGCAAAGAGGAGGUCCGGAAAUCUCUGGAAGGCAGCGGCGACAGCGCAAACAAGGUGGCGGAGAAACUGGAGGAGCUUUCCGUAAAGGACGAGAAGACAAAGAGCUCCGAGGAGAAGAAAGAGAAAAGCGAGGGAGAGGAGAAGAAAGAGGAGAAAUGAGCCCGGUGACGGCGCUUCUCUUUGACCUGCAACACGUCUCCCUUUUCUACAAUAGACUCUAAAAAUUUGGACACUUUGUUUUUUUUUUUUUUUUUGAUUUGGUGUUUGUUACUUAUUUUUAUUUGUUUUCCUCCCGACAUCACAAGACCUUGAUGCCUCUUUAAAGUGUCCGUUUCUCAAUCAUCGAAAUGUUGCGUGGUUGUUCCUCCCUUCCACACCGACGCACCUCUCUUCCCGCUCCUCUGUGGGUUCUCCUGUCUUUUCUGGCCACUUUCUGACCCCCCACGUAUCACCAUGACCGUGCUGUAAGACGAGGCUUGUGCUAUUGAUCGAUUCCCACAUUGGGGAACUUUUUGUUUUUCCAUUAUUUUUUCUUUUGUACUCUAAGGUAGCAGCGUGAAAUCCAGCGUGUGGGUGAACUGUUUAAUGGGAUGAGGAAGCGGAUCGAGUGAGUGGGGCGUGAGCGGGUUUUGUAGCGAAUCUUUGACUUUAAGCCGUGGGGAAGGUGUCAGAGUUUUGGGUUUGGAGCAUUUUUAACGUGGCCUCUAUCCGCCGCGUCCACAGCGCUCGGUCACGGUAAGUAGAAAACCCACAGACUCCAGGCUUCUAAUAGAGGACAGUGGGCAGUUGCUGCCCAUUGGCUUCUGUUCUAAGUGUCUGAGCAGGUUUUCUGUCAGUCGUCUGUGGAUCGUGGCCGACCGGCGGUGGGUUAAAAACGGCUCUCCUUGAAAGUAAGACUAGUUUUGAGUGGAGUGAAAGAUUUCGGAGGGGUGAAAGUGCAUCUGCUCGUCGACCAGCCAUUUGAAGAAACUCAUAAAAUAAAUAAAUGAAACUAAACCGA